AUGCCGCCGCACGUAGCGGAGUCUCCCGCUAAGAAGCAGAGCAAGUGGUCGCCGGAGGAGGAUGCGCUAAUCAUUGAGCUCCGGGGGAGCGGGAUGAAGUGGGAGGAUAUUUCGAAACGCCUGCCGGGGCGGAGUGCCAUUAGCUGCCGACUUCAUUACCAGAACUAUCUCGAGAGGCGGAGCGAAUGGGACGAAGAGCGCAAGAAUAAGCUCGCACGGCUGUACGAAAGGUUUAAGCCGGAAAUGUGGGCAAAAGUUGCGGAGGAAAUGGCGGUACCCUGGCGUGCCGCAGAAGCCAUGCAUUGGCAACUUGGUGAAGCCGAUAUGGCCCGACGAGCGGGCGUUGUUCCAUUCUCCCUCACCGCGGUUAACGUCGAUCAACCGAGCGGCGGUCACCGGCAGUCGCCUUCACGUGGCCACAUGCACUCCCAAUCCCAGGGGAGUUUACCUCGGGACAUUGGCGGACCUUCCCCAAGAUACGGUCGACCGCCACCGGGCAUAUCACCGAUUCCCGGCGGACGAGCCAUCGCUGCUAGACGCGAAAGCAUCCAAGGAAGGCCCCCGCUGGGCCCGGAUCCGAACGAGGGCGUGACGCUGGCUGGUAUCGGACCGCCGGGCGGCCCCGGUUUAGCACCGAUUCAAGCCCUUCCGCCGGGCCGAGGUGGAGGAAUGCUUCCGGGAGUGGCCGAGCUGACAACCGGCGUGAGCCCGUACAGUACCCCAGCGUACGCGAUGGGUGGCAUGCCCACGGCGAGUCCCGUGCCCAGUGCGAGGGCAAGCCCGGGGCCAUUACUCCCUGCCCUCCACUACCCGCCACAUGAACCAGCCGGAUCGAAACGACGAGCAAGCCCAGGCACGGAGAUGAGCUCACGAGAGACGACUCGACGGCGGCAUUUGGACCCCCGGCAGGAGGAGAUGGAAAGGCGACGCAUAGCAUGA